UGAUUGCAGGUGAACGGGUCCUGGGGUCUGCCUGCGUUCAUCUGCGACGUGUACAUCGCAAUGGACGUCACGUCAUCCACUUCGAGCAUAUUUAAUCUAGUUGCUAUUUCUGUUGAUAGGUAUAUUGCUGUCACUCAACCAAUCAAGUACGCGAAGCACAAAAACAAUCGCCGUGUGUGGUUCACGAUAGUGCUGGUUUGGCUGGUGUCUGCCGCUAUCGGUGCGCCCAUCGUGCUAGGCCUCAACGACACGGCGGACAGAAACUUCCAGGAGUGCCUCUUCAAUAACCAAAACUACGUCCUCUACUCCUCGCUGGGCUCCUUCUACAUCCCCUGUAUCAUGAUGAUGUUCCUCUAUUAUAAUAUUUUUAAGGCGCUAAGAAACCGGGCUAAGAAGCAGCGGGCGGCAAAGAAGCCACCAGUGUCGGGAGAUACACUGACGGGGGCCACUGCAGCUGUGGUCAUUGAGAACGUGGCGCAGACGAGACAGUUGGAGACAGCGCUGGAUGACCGGCCCACGAACACUGGCUCUGGGAGCAACGAAGAUGACCAUGAAGACAGCUUCGACAAGCGGUCAGUGGACUUGGAAGCGGACGCUGAUGAUUGUCAUGUAAUCCCCAACGACAAAUCCACUGAGUUCAUGCUCGCCUCACUCACUGACGUCAAGAUCAAACCACCAAAGAAAAACCUCAAAUCACAACAAGUUCCAGACCCAAAUGGCAAUAAUGACUCCGGAUACGCCCCAUCGAACCUUGAAGAUACUAUCAGAGAACACGUCUCUCCUCCCGGCUCACCUGCACUGAAGGAUGCUACUGUUUUGAAGAAUAUGUCUUGUGAAUCUAGAUGGAAGAAAAAUGGGAAGAGAAUUGAUUCAGAUUCAAGAAAUGCUUCAAUCGCCUUCCGAUCAGAUGAUGACCUUCGGUCCAGCCACUUUGACAUCCGCGAUGGGUCAACGUGUAAAAAAGAAAGAAAAGCAAGCGCAGCCACUGCAAGAUUUACCAUAUACAAAGCUAAUAAAGCUAGUAAAAAGAAAAGAGAGAAAUCAUCAGCUAAGAAAGAAAGAAAAGCUACCAAGACGUUAGCUAUUGUUUUAGGUGUAUUCCUCUUCUGUUGGACCCCAUUUUUUACAUGCAACGUGCUCGAUGCCAUUUGUGGUAAAUUUGGUCUUCAGUUCUCCCCCGGAGUCACAGUCUUCAUCCUGAACACGUGGCUAGGCUACAUCAACUCCUUUCUCAAUCCCGUGAUCUAUACAAUCUUCAACCCUGAGUUCCGGAAGGCUUUUCGUAAAAUACUUAAGUGCAGCACCUAG